CAACAACAGGAAAAGGAUGUUAGCAAAUGGAUGAAUUUUGUUUUCUUAAUAAAUCAACCUUAUUCUAUGCAUAUUUUGGCGAAAUUUCAUUAUCUGCAAGAAAAUAAAAUAUCACUGGUUUAAAUUCUAGUAGAUGAGUCAAAGAAGAUGUGAAAUUUAAACAUGGGUUGACACAGUGAAUGAGUAUGGCCGAAUAAAGUCACCCACAGCUGACAAGAGGAGUAGCAGUAAAUAGGCAGUAGAGGAGACCCACCAUGACCGAGGCGGGGUCAUCAAAGGGCCCCCUUUACGGAGCAGUGGAUGACCUCUCCCUCCCCUUACCCCCCUCUCCGCUAGCCAAUCAGUCGUUUGAAUACAGACACGUGAGAGAGAGAAGCAGUAGCGAAUCUGAUCUGGCCGCAGAGUCACCAGGAUUGCUGUCGUAUCUUGCCGUGGAUAAAAAUGUCCUUAACCUUGCCAAGGCAACAAGUGUCAAGGUCAGCUGGGACAUCAAGGAGGAGAUCGGAGCAGAUGAUUGGAUAGGGCUGUAUCAGUCAGGGGAGACUAAUCCUUCAAAGUUUCUUGACAUGAAGAACCGCGGGGGUAAUGGUGGCCAGACAGGAGAUUUACAGUGGGACCUGUCCGACAUCACGUACAACUUUACAGCAGGUGAAACCAAGAUUUGCUUCAAGUAUUACCUGGGCAGUAACCAGGAUCUGGUGGCCACUAGUCCCUCCGUCAAAGUCGUCAAACCCGCCUCUCCUAAGGAGGAGGCAGUGAAGAAUGGAAUCACAAGCAGAGAUAUAAACAGAAAAAUAAAACUGAAGAUAAUGGACAUUGAAGCUGUAAAUCUGAAGAAAGGAAUGUUCUUUAACCCUGACCCUUACGUGAAGAUGACGGUACUACCAGGGAAAAUGUGUCCUAAGAUGAGUCACCACCUGAGGGAGAUACGCACCGGUGUUUGUAAUUCUACAACUAACCCCGUGUGGCGGGGACAGUCAUUUUCCUUCGAGUCGGUUCCCACGGAUGUUCUGGAUUUUGAAAUCAAGGAUAAGUUUUCCAAGAGUCGGCCCUCCAUUAACCGAUUCCUAGGAAAGGCCACACUUUCAGUUCAGAGAGUCAUUGAUAAAACAGAAAGAGAACCUACAGAAUUCUGUCUGGACCUGACAAAGAGGAAUCCCACGGAAAACGUUAGCGGGACACUCAAGUUUGGUGCUGACGUAAUAGACCUGGAGUUUAGACCAGGAUUACAAGAAUCAAAUAAGCAAAGUGGAGGUAUUGAAAAUCCUGAGUCCGUGUCACAAAAUGGCUCUGUGUCAAAGGAUGAUUCAAUAGACGACCAAGAGGAUUCUGGGAUAUCCUUAACACAGUUAUUAAGGGACCGUAUCAGCGGUGAAAUUGAGGAUGAUGUAAAUGAAGUGGAAUGUGAUAAUGUUCCCGUUAGUAGUGAGGUUACCAAUUUACCGUCAAUACCAGACAUAGUGUGUAAUUUUUCUGAGAAUACGGAGGAAACUCGAACAGAAGAAUCAAAUCAGGGUGAAAUAUGUGAUAUUAGUUCAGGAUUAUCGUCUGCUGUGCCGUCAAGUGGAGACAAUUCAAGCGGUUCCGAUGUGUCGCCUCAGACUGUGAAUACAAACGGUGCUGAUCCACUCGAGUUUUUAAAUUGUGCCAAAAACAAGCAGGAGGAAACUCCUGAAGUGUUAGAUAACUCUCUAGAUAGUGAGGUAAAUUUAGUCAUGAAUGACAUACCCCCCAAACCACCUGUGCUCCCACCCCGGACCUAUAAGGCUCCCCCACUACCCCCUAGGUACAAGAUGUCAGAUGCCCCUCCCCUACCCCCUCGGACACCUGAGAGAGGGGAAAGGCCUAUAUUUCCUGCUAGUGGAGUAGGAACUGUUCAAAUUUCACCUGACACUGUGCCAGAAUGUAGGUCAGAGCCCCCCACCCCUAGACCCACUAGCACAGAGGCAUUGAGGUCUUGUAAUAGUCUGGAACCUCCUCCUUUACCACCCCGUACGUACAGUCCAAUCACGGUCUCUCAAACUAGUCCUCAACAGCAGGCUGUCGAACAAGAGGAGGGGGAGGGAACCAGUUCAAACAGCUUGGAGAGUUCAGGAGAUUCCCAGGAAUAUGCAGAGGAACAAGGGACCUCGGAAUCAGCAAUGCCGUCUGGUGUCCAGGAGGCAGAAAUCUCAUCCCCAUCGUCGGAAACAGCUGACGAGGUGGACAGUCCACGGAGGUCACGACCCCGUGCCCAGAGGUCGGAAUCCGAAGUGCAUAAUAAACCUAGAAGUGUUGUGACUAAGUUACCGGCCAGACAUCUGUCGAACAAUAGCAAUUUGAUUUCGCAUGUGUCCAUGAUUGGUGGCCCUGAUUCAGCUGGGUCACCUGAGAGACACAGAAAUUCAUGUGCGGUGAGUAGAUCUGUGGAGUGUAGCCCGAGAACUAGUCCGAGUCCGUCUAUGCAAACUUCAUACAGUGAUUCAGUGGCCGAACAAAGGAAAUAUGCAAGUCGUCACAGUAUAGCUGCACCAACAGAAAGAAACUUUAGGAAUAACGAGACAUUUGUUACUACCCCCGUAAGGGCCCCUUUGGAUAGAUCUGCCAGUUCGAUUUCCGACUCUGGAACCCCGCCACGCAUAAUUCCUAGAAACGCCCUCAGUCGCGUUUUAAGCGAUGAAGAAAAACAACAAAACCGUGAACAAAUCGUUCAGCAACUACAACUAUGGACCCAAAAACAAAAAGAAAAAUCUAAACCCGAUUCGGAGGAGGACUCCGGUGCUGUGUUAUCUACCGAUAGUGAAAACCAGACGAGCAGUGAUAAACCAGAUAAACCGUCUACUUCAACGUGUAAUGCCAUGCCUAGCAAUUCACCAAGGCCCCAGACAGGGGCGGCGAAGUCAUCGAGUGCCAAAUCUGGAGCCGGGAAAUCUGACUCGCGUUCCACAGUUUGGCAGCUAAGGCAAUCUACCAAUAAAACAGAACCUAAACAGCCAACCACCAACAAAGAGGGCAGCCAGUCACCACUACCAAAACUGCCUGCCAGGAAAAGGUACCACCGAGUGGACCCACCCCCAGGGGAUCAGCCGCUCCCUCCAGGUUGGGAGGCCCGCGUAGACAGCCACGGUCGAAUCUUCUACAUUGACCACACCAACAGGACCACCACGUGGCAGAAACCACAGAGUGGUCAGCGAACCAUACAGCGGCGGCCAACCAUCAGCUCUGAACAGAGACAGCAACUGGACAGGAGAUACCAGAGCAUCCGUCGAACAAUCAACCAGCCUCGUUCUGAACAGGACACUCCCACUGAGAGUACCUCCUCUGGAGGAAGUGACAACAGUCCUCAGACUUCAGCACAAUCUAGGGUCCCCCUCCCUGUCACCUCCCCACCCCCAUCACGAAGCCCUGCCCCAGAGCCUGGGGACAACAGAAUGCCAGCUGUCAAGUUCCUCACCCGCUCGGAUUUCUUCCCUCUUCUACAGGGCAACGAUAGAGCAAUGGCAGAAUACAAUCGUAAUGGUACACUGAAACACAUGAUCAGUAAAAUCCGCCGAGAUCAACACAACUUUGAAAGAUACCAGCACAACAGAGACCUUGUGUCGUUUCUGAAUCAUUUUGCUGAUGGCAGCAAGGAACUGCCGGCUAACUGGGAAAUGAAAUUUGACAGAGGAGGAAAGACAUUUUUCAUUGAUCACAAUCAGAAGUUGACGACCUUUAUUGACCCCCGCCUGCCAACAGAUAUCCCACCAAUCAACACAGACUUUCUACAUACAUCAUUGUUGUUCCGUAACCGCGGGAGACGAGAGGGCAGUGACAGCCCAGUCAGAACCAACCAUGCACCAACACCCCCUCCUAGGGCCCCAGUACCAGAUGAGCCAACCGUUGUACCAACAGCUUACAAUGAUAAAGUUGUGUUGUUCCUGCGACAACCAAAUAUCGGAGAGAUUCUUCAGGAAAAGUGUUCUACAUAUAGCAACAGUACCCGGUUAAAAGAGAAAAUCAACAAAAUCCGCAGCGAGGGCACUGAAGCUCUAGAUAGGCUGAGUAACGAUGUAGAUCUUAUCAUUCUGCUCAGUUUAUAUGAAAAUGAGAUUAUGUCUUAUGUGCCUCAAAACCUUCUACAAGCCAGUGUUCCAGGGGACUCCCCAGGAGAAACCCCUCAAGGAUCACCUAAUGUCCAGAGAGCUAACAUGAGGGUUCAUGCUCCAUAUAAAAGAGAUUUCCAGGCCAAGCUACGCAGCUUCUAUAGAAAGCUGGAGAGCAAGGGUUAUGGACAGGGACCUUCAAAAUUAAAGCUAAUGGUGAGGAGAGACCAUGUUUUAGAGGACGCCUUUAACAAAAUAAUGGGAACCACAAAGAAAGAACUGCUGAAGAAGAGCAAACUGUACAUCACGUUUGUAGGAGAGGAAGGUUUGGAUUAUGGUGGCCCGUCCCGUGAAUUCUUCUUUCUGCUUUCUCGUGAACUCUUCAAUCCGUACUACGGACUUUUUGAAUACUCCGCCAAUGACACAUACACUGUGCAGAUCAGUCCAAUGUCUACCGUAGUGGAAGACGCUCAUGAAUGGUUCCGAUUUGCUGGCCGAGUUUUAGGACUAGCAGUUGUACACCAGUAUUUAUUAGACGCUUUUUUCACCAGACCAUUCUACAAAGCCCUCCUAAGAUUGCCUUGGUCUUUAGCCGAUGUGGAGACCCUAGAUGCCGAGUUUCACCAGAGUCUGCUGUGGAUUAAAGAGAACGACAUCUCGGAGGUCGACAUGGACCUCACCUUCUCUGUCAACGAAGAGGUGUUUGGACAGGUGACCGAGAGGGAAUUAAAACCCAAUGGGAAGUUGUUACCUGUGAACGAGAGAAACAAGAAGGAAUACAUAGAGAGGAUGUCUAAAUGGAGGCUGGAGCGGGGGGUGACGGAGCAGACAGAGAGCCUGAUCAGGGGCUUCCACGAGGUUAUAGAUAGUCGGCUGAUCUCGAUGUUUGAUGCUCGGGAGCUGGAGCUGGUGAUCGCGGGAUCCGUGGAGAUCGACGUCAAGGACUGGAGAAAGAACACAGAGUACCGAUCAGGAUACCAUGACCAGCAUCAGGUCAUUCAAUGGUUCUGGCAGGCAAUCGAAAAGUUUGACAAUGAGAGGAGGCUAAGAUUAUUACAGUUUGUGACUGGGACCUCCAGUAUUCCUUAUGAGGGAUUCUCGGCACUUCGAGGAAGCAAUGGCCCACGUAAAUUCUGUAUAGAGAAAUGGGGGAAAGUUACCAGUCUACCAAGAGCACAUACUUGCUUCAAUCGACUGGAUUUACCGGCUUAUGCGUCAUCAGAGAUGCUGUUUGAAAAACUAGUCACAGCUGUCGAAGAAACCAGCACAUUUGGCAUUGAAUGAUUUUUUGUCAAAGUUUUUUUUUCUUUUCCUUAAUAAGGGUAUACAUGUACACAUGUACAUGUAUAUUUGAAAAAAGGCACAGUUAUCUAUGUGAAAGAAUUUUUAUUGCCAUUGCCAGAUUUUUUUUUCAAUAUGUAAGUCUUUCACUGAAGAUGGAUUCAUUGCAUGGUUUAACAAAUGAAUGGAUUUUUUUUUAUAUUCUUCACCUCUGUGAAUGGUAAAGGCAUUCAGUGUAUUGUAAAAGCUUUAUUUUAAAGGGUCCUUGAAACAUCCUGAGGACUAAGAAUCUGGACUCUAGUCAGUGUGGUAUUUGUAAUUUGUGAUAAUAUAUAAUUAUAUUUUUUAAUUUUGAUUCAGACGGACUUCAGUGUGAAUGUAUUUUUUUUCUUUUUUUAAUGAAACCCAUAAAUACAGAAUUUUGGGCAUUAGACCAUGCAUUUUGAAUAUGUUAGAGGAUUCAAAGAAUACAUUGUAAGAAUAUUUCUUUGAGAAAAAGUCUGCUGAAAAAGACAGUAUUAAUUAAAAUGAAAUGAAGUCAAGUAAAUGAAAUUAUGAAUUAGGAAAUUUACAACAGAGCUGCAAUUAUCUAAAAUCUUUUGAUACAUAAUAGGCAUUUACGUAAUCAAUGACUUUAUUAUAAAGUGAAUUAUGGUUGUGAAGAAUAGGAUUUUAUCGUAUCUUGCCCUGAAACUUUAAUAUCUUUCCAUUUAUAGAAUCAUGAAGUUGCAUAUUGCAGUUGUUAUUCCUAUUUCAAUUGAUAUACGAUUUCAAUGUCUGUGUGUUAAAUUACUUUAACAUAUGCAUUACCAUUUUAUAUUCUAAGUUUUUGGAAGCGUUAUGGAAGCAAUAUGAUGUGCAAUGAUUUCUGGAUCAAACCAAAGUCGUAAUUUAUAAAGUUUAGAUUUAGUUGAUGUGUCUAAAGAUUUUCGGGUACAUGUAUCUACAAAUGAGUGUAGUUUUAUUUGUUCAAACUACAAUGUAUUAAUAGUGUUUUAAAUGCAAGACAGAAUGCAAAAUGACUGUUCAUUUUGAUAUUAAUAAGAAUUAACUUUAACUGAAUUUCAUAACUGGAAUAUACAUGUAUGUGAUCAGGAUAUUCAUUGUAAUAUAAACAAAAAUCCAAAGGAUAAUGAUUGGAAGGGUAUAGAUUUUACAUGUAUGUUCUGUGAUAAUAUUUGAUAUUUAUAAAACAUUUUAUUUAGCUUUUUUUUUUGGUCAUUACAGCUUUGAAUGGUAUCAAUGCUUUAAGAAUGUACUUCACACAAAUUGUAAAAUGGUACAUUUCUGAAAGUCAUCCUCCCUCAUCUUAAUCUAAAAAAAAAUCAUUAAAAAAGAUAAAAUCAAUAGUAACAGAGGAAAUUAUGUAAAGACUGUCAAUGAGCGAGUUUGUUAGGUAUUGUUUCUUCUUGAAUACGGCCCAUAUUUUGAACUGUAUAAUGGAUUUUAAGUCUCUCUGCUUCUUAGGAUAUAUCAGAAAAUGGCUAUUAUUAUUUUGUUGUUGUUAUUUGUUAGCUUUUGUUGUACACCAGUGUUGUGAUUUAUUUCCCUUUUAUUUCCUCACGUCUUAAAAAUUGAUCAUGUAAUAUACUGUACAUAAAUAGGUGUCUAGACUGUGCCAGUACAUUGUAGUUUUGUUGUACACAAUCAUGUACAGAUAGCUAUUAACAAAUAACUUUUCAAAAUAUUAACCAAAUAUAUAUCACUAUGUAUGAUCUGAGAGCAUUAGAUGUAAGUUUUUAUGAUCACGCUCUGUAAAUAAUUGUAAACUAAAUGUACAUGUAGAACAAAUAUUGUAUCAGGAUGCUUGAAUAUACUGUAAACCAAUUUUAUUUCGUGUACUAGAAAUGUACACGAGCUCGAAAAUUAAUUGUGAAGAAUUAGUUUGCUUUGCUCCUGCUAAGUCGCCAAAUAAAGUCGUCACAAAUUAAAGUUGGUUUACAGUAACAUACUAAAGUUUAGUGAUCAAAGAUAAGAAUGUAACACUUUAAACUCAUCACGCUUGCAUCAUUCCGUUGUGUUCAUAUUGUUUAGAGAAAAUAUAUCAAUGUUGAUAUUUAUUUUGUUACUUGCAGCCAUAUAUUAUACAGUGUUAGUCAUGAUUUAGCCAUUCACCUUUUUUUGUACAGUAAUAUUUUUAAGCCAAUAAAUAUCGUUGAACAAUAGUAGACUCUUGAUUCUAUGAAAACAACAUUUGAAGGUUUUAAAGUAGGCUCAUUUUGUUAUAGUGAUAUAAUUGUAAAAAAAAAUGUAAUACUAUAUUAUUUUUAGUUUCUACUUUCAUUCCUUAAAGUUGAAUGAAAUGUUUUUUUCCCUCUCCACCUUUUUUCUUCAAGUGAUUGUUUUUAAAUGAACAUUAAAUAUGUUGUCACAAAAUAAAAGAAAUACCUGGUACUGAAGACUUGAUUGACAUGAAGAAAUAGACAUUUUUGAAUGCCAAGUCAGUUAAUUUGUAGGAGAUCAACUUCAUGCCCCAUCUUGAUUUUUUUUUAUUAUUGCAGCCAAUUUGGGGAUGGGUACGUCUUCAAAUUUAAAAAUAUUAUUUUUAUUGUGUAGUCCAAUAAAUCUGAUUGGUUUGCCUGAUAACGUGUAAAAUUUUAUUUUACAAUCAUGAUUUAAGUUACUAAAAAUAUUUGGGAGUAAAACCCAAAUAUGUAUUUAACAUUGUAUUGUUUUAAACUUGAAAUCUUAUAAUGAAUUUGUUUUGUUUUUCUUUCUUCUUUUGUUUCAAAGAAAAUAACAAAUACAGGCCUUUGAUUCAUUCUCUUCGUAAAUACAAUUUCAUGAAAAGCACAUGGAUUUCACACUUGUGCUCAGAAGGUGUGCUUUUCUUUGGAGUUGUUAUGUCUACAGAUUAACCUUGUAAAAGGGAUUUAUUUAUAAAAUAACUUUUUUUUAUUAUGAUUUUGAAAUUCAAGAAAACAGGAAAACUUCGGAAAUCUUGAAAUGUACGUUUCAAAAAGGGUUUUGAUUUGUAAGCCAGUAAUGUUUAUAAUUAACUAAUCUGAUAGUUUAUAUUUUCAUACACUGUCACAAACUGAAGUGGUUAGGGUAUUUUAUAUGAGGAUAUAGAAAUACAAUAAAAAUACAUGUACCCGGCAUUAUAUUUCAUGUAUGGCAGAUUUCUAUGGAUAAAAAAUUCACACCACAAUGUUUAGUUUUAUUCCUAGCAAUGAUGUUUAUUGGUGAUAGUUGCUAACUUGUGCUUUAAUAAACCACCAACAAAAUAUUUUUUUUUUAUCAAUCCUUCAUUUUAACAGAUUGGUGACAUUUAUACACCAAGAAUUUUCUAGGGAAAUUAUUUAAAUGUACUCACAUGUACUUUUUUUUCUGGCGUUUAUUUAAUAUCAUGUUUGAGACCUGCUCAUCAGAUCAUUCAUUAUUCCAAAGGGCAAAUUUAGUUGACAAUUAUACCUCAGUUGUUUCAUUACGCAUUAUAUCACAUUAAGCUUUUGUGUUAAGGAAUAUUACUUCAAAAGAUUACAAGUUUAAAACAAAAUGUUUUUAUUGUUUUACCACAAGAAUGAAAAAAAUUACAAUAUCAUUUGUAUUUGAUAAUAAAUUUCUAGUAAAUGUACAUGUAUUAUUACUCUUGCAGAUUUAAGUAUUGUUUAGAUGACUUAUUCAUCUGAAGUAAACUACUAGCACUUAAGAAACUAUGUUUCUAAUGAUUUUUUUUUCUCUUUUUGGAUGUAUGAGAAAUAUUUAUGAUUAUACUUUCAGUGUAAUUCUAGCAGAAUGAUAACUGAAACACGUUUUUUUUCUUUUUUUUUUAUGACUAUUCAUAUUUGUAUAUUUAUGGUAACAAUUAUUUAUGUGCAUUGUAACAAAACUGUUGUUUAUGUUUUAUAAAUAUAAAUGAAAAAAAAAACC